UAAAACUCUCUGAGCUGCAAGGCCGAGGGGUUUUUCUUAGUUCAUGGGCGUUAUGAUCCAAACAUAAAGCAUAAAACUUUCCAAGUGCUUUUUUUUUUUCCGAUCUGAGCUUUUGCUUCUUCGAUACUUCCUAAGCGCCUUUGCAGCCCCUAUAAGACCCAAAUUGUUGUUUUCAUCGACAGCUUCACAUCUUUUCAGCACCCUUUUCAGUUUCACACACUCUCGCUCUCUCUCUUUCUCACUCUCUCUUUUCUAUAGGGAAGGAAUAAAAAACAUUAGCUGAGUAACCUCCCCUUUUUCCUCUCGAGCUUCUAUCACCGCUUCUGCUUUCCGCAUUGGCGCUUCUUAUAGCAGAAAUAUCUCAGUUCUCCUCAGUGAGAUUACAUUUAUUUAAGAUGGCAACAAAAGCAGCCUCUGGCCUGCAAAUGGCAGCAGCAAGACCUUGCAUUUCCAAUUCUCGUAGUGCUUUCAAAGUAGGUGCUGCAGUGCUUCGUGGCAGUUCUAAAGUGUCAUCAUGGGCCAAGCUCUCUAGCGCCUGUCAUGUAUCUUCUAUACAGUCUUUCCAACGGAGCUUUACAUCAUCUUCUGUUAAAUUUGAUAAGUUUCUCACGAAGGCAGUGGCUGAAGCUAGUGAAAAGAAGCAUGUUCCCGGGUUGCCCAUUGAUCUUAAAGGUAAGAGGGCAUUUGUUGCUGGUGUAGCCGAUGACAAUGGAUAUGGUUGGGCAAUUGCAAAAUCUCUUGCUGCUGCUGGAGCUGAAAUUCUUGUUGGCACAUGGGUUCCUGCUUUGAACAUUUUUGAAUCCAGCUUACGCCGUGGAAAGUUUGAUGAAUCACGAGUGUUGCCUGAUGGUUCCUUAAUGGAGAUUACAAAAGUAUAUCCCCUAGAUGCAGUUUUUGACACCCUUGAGGACGUACCUGAAGAUGUAAAAUCAAAUAAACGUUAUGCUGGAUCCAGUAAUUGGACUGUUGCGGAAGUUGUUGAAUCUGUGAAGAAGGAUUUUGGCAGCAUUGAUAUCCUAGUGCACUCUCUUGCAAAUGGACCGGAGGUAACUAAGCCUUUGCUUGAGACAUCCAGGAAAGGAUAUCUUGCAGCUUUAUCCGCAUCAAGUUACUCCUACAUUUCUCUGCUCAAGCAUUUCCUCCCAAUAAUCAAUCCAGGCGGUUCUUCAAUUUCUCUUACAUACAUUGCUUCCGAGAGGAUCAUUCCUGGAUAUGGUGGAGGUAUGAGCUCCGCAAAAGCUGCUCUUGAGAGCGAUACACGGGUGCUUGCUUUUGAAGCCGGUAGAAAACAGAGAGUUAGAGUCAACACAAUAUCUGCUGGUCCACUGAGAAGCCGUGCUGCAAAGGCAAUAGGAUUCAUUGAUAUGAUGAUUGACUAUUCAUUAGCCAAUGCACCUCUGCAAAAGGAACUAUCUGCAGAGGAAGUGGGGAACACGGCUGCUUUCUUGGCAUCACCUUUGGCUUCUGCCAUCACAGGUGCUGUUGUGUACGUCGACAAUGGACUGAAUGCAAUGGGUGUCGGUGUUGACAGUCCAAUAUUCAAGGACCUAGACAUUCCAAAGGAUAACCACCAUAAAUGAAGUAAGUGGUUGAGUAUUAAGGCCAAGCUUGAAUGUCUGAAUUUGCAAAGAAGUAUUGCCAGUUUUCUGCUCUCUUUAUAUUAGGAUGGCAUGGGCAGUGGCCGCCAUUUUUUUUUUUUUUUUUUUUUGGACUUUUCCGGAGAAUUUUAAUUUUGUCUGUAGGGAUUGUAAUUUCUUCUAGAACUUUAAAUAAAAAAAAAAAAUGAUCGUAGUUUACAGUUGAA